AUGGUCUCAUUCUUUGGGUUUAAGCUCGGCGGCGAGAAGAAGAAAAGCCGAGAAGAUGAAGAGGCUUCGCCAACGCAGGUUCGUAGGAAACUUGUUAGAGAACCUCUAGAUGAGGAAUUUCCCAUGAGGGACGGAGGGAAAGCUGGACCUUAUAGUGUCAACGUCUAUUCGGUAUCUCGUCCCAACACGUCUCAUUCAGUCAAAAUCACGGCUAUGCAGGCGAAACCAUCUCCCUACAACGCAGACAUGACCAAUGUAGUUACUACGAACAUAUCCGAACUUCCUCAACCAGGUUUUCCAGCUCUAAAGCAACAUUCGUCGAAUCCCACCCUGGGAAGCGGUAAUGGUUGGCAGAGCAGCCCGACUCAGGACAUAGUGCCUCCAGUUCCUAUGCGAAAUCCUUCACGGCCAGCUACUCCUGUUCAGCAGCAACAGACAGUCUGGAUGAAUCCCCUCGAAAUGCAUUCUACCACAGGUCCACCACCGUCCUUAGCAUCAGCGCCCUUACCGUCGCUGAGCAGACAUCAACUUAAACUGGAAAUCCCUAAUGAUACGGCCCCCUUACCUAAGGAGGAGGAUCCAUCAUUGCCUCCAGUACCUCUGCGGAUAAGAAGGCCAAGCCCUGGCCCAUACUCUGCCGAGUCGCCACAGAGAAGUCAAUCGCCAAGUAAGCCACCAUCCCCUCCGCAGUCGAUUAGGGGCGGAACGCCGGUCUUGGGACGACCGCCAUUUCCUAGGGACGACAUGUUCCGUCCGUCAAGCAGAGGCAGUCACAGGAACGGGCCGACUACUCUUAAAGAGGUCCAAAAUGUUAGGGAUAUACCGAACCAUGGGCAUUUUGGACCGGCGUCGAUCCCUUCGCCUAUAGCGACUCCCCGUGGUAGCGAAGAUCGAGUUCAGGGCGGCCUGGCGAAUAUCUUGGGCGAUCCCGGUAUCCAUAUCCGGGCAGUUGGGGCAAGACGCGACACAGUAACUUCUCUCUCAACCCCUAUCCUGUCCCAGAGACGAAGCCUUGAGAUGCGAGUAGAGGAGCUCACGAGACCGCACAUGGAGGAACCGAUACAGCGUCCAAGGACAUCGAACGGUCCCGAGAUGCGCAAGCUUAUGCGGCCUCCGCCGUUAAACCUCAACUCUCGCCCGAGAACUCCUGAUCGCGCCGGCACUUAUCCACCACCGUUCGCUAUGAAUCAGAAACCUCAGUCGCCGAUCCAGAGCCCGCGUAGGAUGCCGAGAGAUAGGAGUGGCCCGCCACCUGCUGCUGUCGGGGCACGCAGGCCAAACACUAGAAAUGUGCGCAGACCCGCCGCAGACGAAUACGUGAUUCAGCCAUCGUCUCAGCCGUCGUCUCAACCACAGUCACGAUCACAAUCCCGAUCUCAGUCCCGGGCCAGGAGGAUGUCCCAAGACAGCAUUGGCUCUAACUAUGACCGGCCGACCUCCCCCGACAGCCCUCUAAUGCCACGAACGGGACCGCUAGCAGGAAGUCCAUGCAUCACGCCCAUCGAAGCACCACUAGCACCACCACCGCCGCUCAAGAACACGGGCUCGCGAUCGCGUCUACAAGAAAUGGAACUAUUCCUCGCUGACGGAGACGAGGAGGAGGCCGAGUUAGACGAGCCACUGAUUCCGCCACGCCUAGGUAACCGCAACGUUCCAACUCCGGAUUCCACCAUGUGGCCGAUGCCCUCGCCGACCGCCUCCUCGUUCGACGAUUACUCCUCACGCGUCGGAUCGCCGCUCGAGACACCGCCUCGCGUGUUAGCAGAUAUGGCUAGGGGAGGUAACGUAAUGAUUGGUUCGCGAUCGGAAUCGCCGUUUGGGAUUCGGUCUUUUAAUUUCAGCCGGCCGAUGACGCCGACUCUAGGACAUGCUCCGCUGCGCCACGAUUUUAAUCACCUUAAUCAUUAUGGUGGUAGCAGCGGCGGUCAUAAUGUAAUCGUAAUGCCGCCGAAGCGCUCCGAGACUGCCCCCUUAUCACCUGGGUUCCGCGACCCGCAGGCCUCGCCGUCGUUUGGUAGGCCGCUGCCGCCAAGGUCAAAUACGGUGUCUCCCGGCAUGGGCCAUGGCCAUGGCCACGGGCGUGGCCUUAGAAGCCCGGCAAUCGUGGGGGAUGAUUUCGGGGGCGGUGGGUUUAUCUGA